AUGAAUUUGGAGGAAGGCUUUGAAUCUGUUAGCAAGCAAAGAAAGAUUUCUGGUUCUUUUAGAGAUACUCGACUUUUGGAUAUUUUUAUUGUUUCGUUGGAUAUUCUUAAACAAGCUGCUGAAGCUAAAACUUUGAAUGACUCUAUGUUAUCAUAUAUCACAUUAGCACUUGAUCUCUCCUUUGCUUGUACUAAUUAUGACUUUUCGGGUAUUGUAAAUGAUGAAACUUUGGAUGAGGGCAAUAAUGUACAAAUACCUACAAAAUGGCGACCAGUUUUGGUAGAAAAACAAGUUGUUACAAUGUUUUUUGAUCUCUACUUUGUUUUGCCUGAACAAAUUAUUUCUAAAGCUUUUUUAACUUUGGUCCAAUUAGUCUCUAUCCGCCGUCUACUCUUUGAUGGUGUUGAUCGUCUCAAAUUUUUGGAUUCUUUUAUUUGCGGGUUAAAAAGGGUGCUGGAAAGUCCGCAAAAGUUGAGUUAUCCGGAUAAUUUCCAUCAAUUUUGCCGUAUUUUAAGCCGUUUAAAGGCCAACUAUCAAGUCUCAGAAUUAGUUAAAUGUGGAGAUCAAUUCAAUAAUUUAUUGGAAUUAUUAACAGUAUUUACUCAACAAAGUCUUCAAAUGUCUCAUUUAUUUACUCAAAGCAGCAUUUUUUAUUUAAUGUCUUUUUGGAGUAGAAUGGCUGGUUCGCUUACUUAUGCAAGGGUUGAUGUUGAUUUGAUUUCGGCUGCUAUCCCAAAAGUAUGUUCAGCCUUUAUCCGUUCGAGAGUAUUGCUAUCUGAGAAUGUUGUUAGAGGAAAUAUUGAAGACCCUCUCGAAGAUUUGGGUUCAGUUAAGCAAUUAAUGGAGCUUUUUACAGUUAUUUCCCGAAGUGACUAUAAAACUUCUGUAGAAGAGUUGGUCAGAAAUUUUGAAGAAAGUUUGGGUGUUUUGUUUAGACAGGGAGUUAGUAAUCAGGAUCAAUUAAUAGCCAGAAAACAAUUAAUUUGGCUAAUUACAAUGAUGGCUGCUGGUAUAAAUGGGAAAGGUUCUGCUGGUUAUGGGGAUGAUGAAGAUGUGUAUGAUGGAGAAGUUGUGUUUAGAGUUUGGAAGACAAUGCAAAUGACUGACCAACGCUUAGAAAGUCAACAACCCGGUGCUGUUGAUAUUCAAUUAGAAUUUGCUUAUAUUUAUUUAAUGGAUGAAUUUAGAAGAACUUGUAUUACAGACCAAGCAGUACGGGAAAGUAAACUUUAUGAAAAACUUGCUCCUUUGGGAAUUAACGAUGAAGUUGGUGUUUUGAGGUUUUUUGCUCAGAAAAUAAUAACAAAUUUAAAAUUUUGGGGAAAAGAUGAAAGAAUAUUAAAUUCAACAUUAGCUCUUUUAAAUGAUUUAACUGCUGGUUAUUCAAAUAUUAGACGUUUAUUAAAAACACAAGAAAUUCAAUUAUUAUUGAGGAAUCAUGCUGUUUUUGAUUUUGUUGCUACCAACGAAGAUAUUUCUAUAAUGCGUUCUAGAACAAAUUUUUAUUCGUCUUUAAUGCGUUUAGUUAAUAUUGAAUUGGAGGAAGAGCCAGCCUUUUUUGAUGAAUUUAUGGCUCCGAUUACAGUUAAAUUCAAAGAAAUUUCUGCAAUAUUUCAAAAUGGCAAUAUAUCCUCUUCUGUUAAUGAAACUCAAAUUCGAAUGGCUGUUAUUGGAUUUAUGCGUGAUUUGCGAGGAAUUUCUGCAUCUUGCACGCGGAAACAAUUUUAUUUGAAUUUUUUGUUGUGGUGGUAA